AUGGAUCGACGCUAUCCGUCAACGUCCUCGGCAGUAGACAGCAAGUGUUCGAUUCGGCACCGCUCGGGGGCGUACAGCCCUUCCUUGUCAGACGCUCGGGCGAGGAGACGGACGUCUCGUAGACGCGUUGUUGCCGUUGAAGACUACGGCCACGAACAGACCCGAGGAGAGGAUGAAGGUCCGGCCCCUCCUGCUCCUACAAUCACCCUCGUUCGGGCUGGACGCAACACCCCAGUCACGCCUACGCUUCCGCCAUUCAGCCGUACGAACACGCUUGACGUACCCCUCUGGGACGAGUCGCUAUGGUCAUCAAGUCCUCGAGAGGAACCUUUGUCUCCACCGAAUGAAGACCUCCCUGGACCCGCACACCAUACCCUGUAUCUCAGCCCCGUCCCCCUCACACCACGACCUCAACCACCCCGAGAGCACUCAGCAUGCUCCUUCGCCUCAGCGCACACCUCCGCCUCGCGCAUUUCCCCGCUGCCCACGCCCAACUUUGCCGCGCGCGCAGGGGACGCCGUGCGCUCCUACUUUCCGCGGCUCCGCUCCUUCGUGAGCACGCGCGCAGCAAGCGAGACCGCAACCGCCGUCGACCCCCGGCCGCCGCACGCGCGCCACAAAAGCUCCAGCUAUUCCACGGAGUCGGGUGGGAGCACGGCCGUGUCGGACGUACCGUCUCGAGCCGACGGGGCGUGCGUGGGCGCGGCGAGACCGGGCUUGCUGCCGUCAUUCAGCACGGCCGACAAGCUCACGAGGAAGUUCCCCAGGCCGCGGUCGGUCAAGAACCUCACAUUCCGCGGCGGGGGGAACGCUUCGCUGGCCGCGACGGUGCUGGAGGAGGGCGAGGGCCUCGGAAUUGGCAGCGUCGACAGGUGGUCCGUGCAUAAGUGGUGCUUGCUUCUCUCCGUCAGCACGCUGCUGGUGUACGGGCUCGCCGGGCUGAUCUGCGCCGUCCUGACUUGGUUCAGAACGUACGAGCAGGCGGGCGUCAUGGUCGUCGCCGACAACGACAUCCUGGUGCUCAUCACGCUCUCCUCCUCCAUCCUGCUCCUCUGCUUCCUCGUCGGCAUCAGCGGUACGAUCCUCAACUCGCGGCCCAUCCUCGCACGGGACGCCUUCUCGCUCGACCGCAAGCUCAACCUCGCAUGGAGCCAGUGGUACACGCCGCUCGGGCGGCUCAUCCUCCAGGACUCCCUGCGCUGCUGCGGGUACUACGACGCGCUGCACGAAGCGACGGCGAGCAACCAGUGUUAUCCCCGGACGCCGCUGCCAGGCUGCAAGGGCAAGCUCCUCCGGUACGAGCGCGAGAACCUCGCGACGAUCUGGUCCGCGGCGACGUUUGGGAAGGGUAUCAUGCCGAAGCGUUACUGGCUGAGCAAUGCUGACCUCCACGCGGACGCGGAACGGUUCAAAGACGCGUUCUCUGAGACGAGGCCCGUAGCUAGGCCUGGUCCUGCGAGGCAGCCACUGAGCACGGUGUUCCGGGAAGAUAGAGAAGAGAACGACCGCUCCUAG